GUUUUGGUUCGUAAAUACAUCUAUUGGUUUGGACGAUCAAUUUUUGGCUUUUGCUUUGUCUUUGGUACGCGAGAAUAAAUUAAUUAGAAGUUGUUGAACGAGAUAUCACGUCAAACCUUUAAUAUCUCUCAACCUCUAAACUGGUGAGCCCAACCGCGAACUUCACCCACGAUAAAUCCGCCCACCUUUAAACUGGUGAGCCCAACCGCGAACUUCAUCUACGACAAUUACUCAGAUAAUCCCGGUGAGUUCGUUCCAUUUUGUAUUUGUUCUUGUACCAUAUAUUAUUCGACAUAAUUUUCGUCAUGAGUGAUCUUAGUCCCAAGGUCAUCCGUAUCCGCUCAACUCCUAAAACCAUUCAGCUCGUACCAUACUGGCCAGAUAAUGCUGAAACGUGGUUUCUGCUAGCUGAAGCAGAUUUUUGUGAGCAUGGGAUAACUGAUCAACGUUCACAGUUACUUGCAGUUAUUCACGCCCUACCGCGGGAAUUCAGCAAGUGCGACGGGCACUGGACGGGAAACAAACGAAGCACGGAAUCCAACGAACAACACCAGGAAGCUAUGUACAAACACCCCAUUAGCAUAGGCAGACAAACCAGUAGGCAUAAGACCAAGCCGCUCGGAAGAUUUUUUUCACCCGAAAGGGAACCAUCGAGUUUUUUUUACUUCCGGCUGGUUCUGUCUUAGGGUCCUCACGACCCCACUAGGGGGGGAGUGAGCUGUAGCGGUAAAUAAUUCCCCAAAAUUAUUGACCACAGCAAUCACUCAUUGGAUGCUGACCACCACUGUUUAAGUCGACUUGUUUAGCUGAAGGCUUCCGGUCAAGCAUCCCCGCCAUUUGGUACCCGUCGUGUAACGUGCACGAUCACUAGCUAGCUAAGCGUUCGUCUAACGGCUGGUUUUGGUUCGUAAAUACAUCUAUU